AUGCCCACGAGCCCGAUUCCGCAAACCAAGGCAUUCGUCGGCCUGUCGUUACUGGAUGGCGGCAGCUUCAUCGCGUCUACCAAUUUGCUGCAUGCAGAUGCUAGCAAUGCCAAGUUUCGAAUGUACAAUUGGGCCUUUUGUAUUUCUCAUGGUGAUGAACGUAUCGUGUGGGACCUUGGGCUUGACGAGAGAGCGGCGCCUGGGUUCUUCUUGGCAGCGACUGCUGCCACUCGAGGUGCGCAUUCCGUUACCGGCCCCCACGAUCAUAUUCCUGACAAGAACAGGGCCAUUCUCGACGGUACUCAUGAAAUCGCACAAUUCUGCAUGCCGCACCGCGAAGGCAAGAUGUCGUUGCACGCCGAUCUUGAAACCGCGAAGAACACCAUCGCGAAGAUCCGAGUGCUAGAGAAAGAGCAUAGUUUCCACGUCGCAUUAGCACACGAUGCCGAAUGGUUGAAAGAAGGUUCUGACCAAGUAUUGAUGAGUUUGCUCGAUGCUCAUAUGCUACUCGCGGCUAAAGAGCGAAUACCCAAGGAAGAAGUAGCGUAA